AUGCCGGCACGAGUCUCACGGGCGAACACGGCUGCGGCGCCUGCUGUGUCGAAAGACAAGCGACGGAAGAACAAGAGACGUGGUCUGGAUGCCUACGAGCGGGCGCAAGAGCAGGUUCCCGAAGAGCGCAGUCGAUCGCAUCGGCUGGGAGAAAUCGAGGACGAUGGUCCCCGGCGCAAGAGACGGAGAGAUGAGGAUGAAGAUGAAGAAGACGAGGAAGAGCAAGAACAACCCCAGCGCAAGAAGUCUGCGAAACGGAGCGAUGAUCCGGACGUCGAGUUUGGCAGCGAUAGUUCGGGGAAUGAGUGGACGAUGGGUGGGAUUGGCGAGGAUGAUGAUGAUAGUGAUCUAGACUCGGACGAGGCGUUUGGGGAGAGCGACGAGGAGAGGUUUGGGGGGUUUACGUUUCGGGGGAGUAAGAGUUCGAAGAAGAAGAAGGGUGGUAGGAAGCAGAAGAACGUGGAUUUGAGUGAGGGUGAGGAGAGCGAGGAAGAUGAUGGUGAUAGUCAGGAUGAGGAGGGGUUGGGAUUUGGGGACGAUGCUGUGGACCUUGCGGCUAUGCUGGAUGAUGAUGAGGAGGACGAGCCUCGAGGCAAAAGCAGGAAGGCAGACGACAUGGAUGAGGACAGUGGCAGUGAGGAGGACGAUGAGUCUUCAGAGUCUGAAUCAGAGGACGAGGAGGAGGAUGACGGCGAUGAUGAGGAGCGUGUUGCUCGGAUGAGAGAUCGCCUUGAAGCGCUGGACUCUUCCUCUCGUCGCACGUCUGUCCCUCAGUCAGCCGCCGCUGCCACUGUCGACGACUUUCUCGAAGAUACUGGACUUGAUUUCGAUAAGCCAACGUCUAAGAAGAAGAAAUCACAGAAGCCAACCACCAUCGCUGCUCCUCUCCCAAAACGACAACAGAACAAGCUGGAUCGAGAAGUCGCGACGCAAAAGGCAAAGGAACAGCUCGAUCGAUGGCGAGACACUGUCGCACGCAACCGUCGAGCCGAGUUCCUCAGCUUUCCACUUCAGAAUACGGCAGACCAAGCAGCCCCUACAGGAAAAGAGAAGUUCACACCCGCCAACCAGGAAGCUCCUCAGAACGAGCUGGAAGAGAGCAUCCAGCGCAUCAUGGAAGAGUCAGGCUUGGCAGCGAAACAAAAGCAGGCCGAUGCGGAUGAUGGUCUGGAUGAGGAGACUGCAUUGAUCAAGGCGGAGGAACUUGCCGAGAAGCAGCUUCCAGUCGAGGAAGUUCUUCGCCGUCGACAGGAACUCCGCCGACAGCGUGAGUUGCUCUUCCGAGAAGAGAUCAAGGCGAAGCGCAUUGCCAAGAUCAAGAGCAAAAGCUAUCGGCGAGUCCAUCGCAAAGAGCGUGAACGAGAUGCUGACCGGGAGAAGAAGAUGCUUGAGGUGAGGGGCAUUGACCCUAUGGAAGAUGAAGAUGAGAAGGAGCGGGCAGAUCGCAAACGUGCUGAAGCUCGAAUGGGAACCAAGCAUAAGGAUUCCAAGUGGGCGAAGUCGCUGAAGCAGACGAAUCGAACCGCAUGGGACGAGAAUGCAAGGGAUGGAGUGGUUCAGCAAGCAAAGCGAGCGGAAGACUUGAAGCGACGUAUUGCUGGAGCAGACGUGUCUGACGACGAGGGUAGCGAUUCACCUUCGGAUGGAGACGAUGACCUAAACGAUGAGGACUAUUUACAGAAGGUUCGAGAUGCCGAUAACAUGAAGCCCAACGAAAAGAAAGGUAUUGCGGGCCUCAAGUUCAUGCAAGAUGCGGAAGAGCGAAAGCGCAAAGCGAACGAGGAGGACGCAAGCCGACUGCGCAAAGAAUUGGCGAUCGCUGAUGGCGAUGAAGAGGAGAGCGAGGCAGAGGAUGAGACUCUUGGACGUGCUAUCUUUGGACCGCAAGGAAAGGAUAAAAAGCCGCAACCGAAGGAAAAGAAGCUGGAGUUUGAGGCACCUGAGGAGCGGUCUGAUGAUGAAGAGGGCGACCAAGCCCACGAGCAAGAAGAUGUCAAGACAGACAUUGUCACCGACAAGCCGGCGGCGAAAGAAAAGACGCAGCCCAGUGGUGCAUCCAAAAGUACCAAGCCCAGUAGACCACUCGCUACCGGAUGGUUGACCAAGGAGCCAGCUCCGGCGAAGAACGAGUGGUUGAAAGCUCCUAAAGGUGCGAGCAAAUCUCAGGGAGCCGAUCAAGUCGCUCUGGAGGUAUCAGUGGGUGAUGCUGAACAUGGCCGCACCACUAAGUCCAGCAAAUCUUCUACGAAGACCACAUCCGACCCAGGAAAAGGCAGUACCGCUGCAAAUACCAAUGGCUGGACGACGGUAGCCCACAAUGACGGAUCUGAUGAUGAGGAGCCUCAAAAUGCAAUCCUGUCCGGCAAAGAAGCAUCGCAAACUCUGCAACAGCGCGCUUUCGCCGGCGACGAUGUUGAAGCUGCCUUUGAAGCCGAGAAGGCCGACCUCGCCGAUUCUGAAGAUGAGAAGGAAGUCUCGAAUCACAUCCCUGGCUGGGGAUCUUGGGCCGGCGAAGGCCUAUCCAAAUCCAUCCGCAAAGCCAACGCACGAGCCAAGCACAAUCCACUAUUCAAGACGAAGCUCGCCGGCGGCAUCAAGCAAGCCGAUCGCAAAGACGCCAAUACAGACAAGGUCAUCAUCUCCGAGAAGCAAGAUCGCAAGGGCAAGAAGUAUCUUGCGCCUAUGUUGCCGCAUGAGUACGAGACUGCGCAACAGUAUGAGCGGAGUCGCAGGUUGCCCAUGGGGCCCGAGUGGACUACGAAGGAGGUGCAUCAGCGGAUGACGAAGCCGAAGGUUGUGGUCAAGAAGGGAGUCAAUGUGAGGGCUAUUGAGAAGCCUGUUGCUUAA